AUGUGGGCGUUCUACCUGGUGUCGCUGCCGCUGACGGUGGGGAUGGUGGUCGCGACGCUGCGCUACUUCGCCGGCCCCGCCGUGCCGCUCUACGUCCUCGCCACCGUCGGCUACGCCUGGCUCUGCUCGCUCUCCUUCAUCAUCCUCGUCCCCGCUGACAUCUCCACGACAAUUACCGGCAGUCAGGAGGGUGACGUAGGAUUCUUUUGGAGCUGGACGUAUUGGAGCACAUUUUUCCUAUCAUGGGCUAUCGUACCUACACUUCAGGGCUAUGAAGAUGCUGGGGAUUUCACAGUUAAAGAAAGGCUGAAGACUAGUAUCCAUAAGAACUUGGUCUAUUAUAGAAUCAUGGGCUCCAUUGGUCUCGUUGGGAUAAUUCUGAUUAUAAUCAUGCGUCAUGAUUGGGCUGGUGGUAUCAUGGGGUUUGCUAUGGCGUGCUCAAAUACCUUUGGAUUAGUGACGGGUGCCUUUCUUCUUGGCUUUGGCCUGAGCGAAAUUCCAAAGGAUUUAUGGAAAACUUCUGAUUGGACCCAUCGCCAAAAAUUCCUCUCUCAUAGAAUUGCAAACACAGCUGGAAAAUUUGAUAAUGCUCACCAAGAAUAUUGCCAUGCAAUCGCUGUUGUCCAAGCCACCUCGAAACAAAUGUCCAAGCGUGACCCACUAAGGCCUUUUAUGGAUAUAAUUGAUAAUAUGCUUGCUCAAAUGCUGAGAGAUGAUCCACUGUUCAAGCCUUCUGGUGGAAAAUUAGGAGAAGAUGAUAUGGAUUAUGAUACUGAUGAAAAUACAAUGGCCACACUUCGACGUCAACUUAGGAGGGCCAAUGAGGAAUAUUAUAGGUGUAAAAGAAAAUAUACAAGUUACGUCAUGGAAGCCCUUGAAUUGGAAGACACCAUUAAAAACUAUGAGCAACGUGAUGAAAAUGAAUGGAAAUAUGCUUCAGGUUUAAGGGAAAAUAGAUCUGGCACGCUCGGAUCGUUCCUUGACUUCAUAGAGUUUAUUUGGCGUUGUAUACUGAGAAAGCAACUCCUGAAGGUUCUUGCUAUCAUCCUUGGUUGCAUCUCAGCUGCCAUACUGUUGGCCGAGGCCACUUUACUGCCCAGUGAUGUUGAUUUGUCGCUUUUCUCUGUUCUUGCAAAUGCUGUAGGAAAGCAAGAAGUUCUAGUCCAGGUCGUUGCAUUUAUUCCAUUGAUGUAUAUGUGCAUUUGCACAUACUAUUCUCUCUUUAAGAUAGGGAUGAUGGUGGUAUAUUCACUGACCCCGAGGCAAACUAGUUCAGUCAGCUUGCUUAUGAUUUGUUCAAUGGUCGCAAGAUAUGCAGCUCCUAUUUCUUACAACCUCCUGAAUCUCAUUCACCUUGGUGGUAAUUCUAAAACUACCUUUGAGAAGAGGAUGGGGAAUAUUGAUGACAUUGUUCCCUUCUUUGGGAGAAGCUUCAAUAGAAUUUACCCACUCAUUAUGGUUGUUUAUACUCUACUAGUCGCUGGUAAUUUCUUUGGGUAUGUGCUUGAUUUUCUUGGAAGCUGGAAAAGGUUCAAAUUCUGGACUGAGCAAGAAGAUACCGAUGGGUUCGAUCCAUCUGGAGUGAUUAUUCUGCAGAAAGAGAGAUCUUGGAUUGAACAAGGACACGAAGUCGGUGAGCUGGUUGCUCCAUUAGCAAGAAAUUUCAGUGGUAUAAGCAAUGACCUUGAAUAUGGAGACGUAAAACAGGAUGAAGAAACUGCAGGUGUGAAAGCAAAAACAUAUACAUCAAAAACGGAACGAGCGUUCCAGUCGGAAUAUGCUAGUAAAGUUGCCCAUAAAUAUUCCUCUAUUCGAGAACAAAACAUCAGUAACCAGACAGUUAAGCAAGCGCAGAAGGAAACCCAGUCGACCUCUGUUCUGCUUGAAACGGUAAACUCUGAAAUACCCUCUUCUGUCAGUAAAGAACAAGAUUCGUCAGCUGGAGUCGCAUCGACAUGGACCUCAGUGAAGACGGGAUUUCAGAAUUUCAAAGCAAACUUGGGUUCCAAGAAGUUUCUUCCUUUGAGCCUAUCAUGUACACAAUCAUCUAGUUCAGGGUCGCUUGAUGAGAUCUUCCAGGGGCUAAAGCGCCACUCAAGCAAUGCAAGUGUGGAUUACCUCGACGAUGAUGACAGCGUUCAGUGACAUGAAUCAAAGAUUCAAAGAACGGUGACAUAGGUUGAGAAGCCCCAACUCCUAAUAGUUCAUUAGUAUAUACAGAAUGGAGAAGCAGAAUGUACAGCAGCUCUUCAAAAAAUGGCAUAGAAUGUAUACAAAGUUUGCAGGCGUCCUCCCUUUCCUAUGAAAAGAGAGGAGGAGUAUCGGUAGGAUACUCAUAUGCUCUUUGUAACUUCUUUUCUUCUCAAAAAUCUUAAUGAAAUCUGGUAAUCCGAUUGAGGCUUACCCGCCCAAAAAAAGAAAAAAGGAAAGGAAGAUAGGAUACAAAGUACGGAGUACAGAUGUUUAAGCAGUCAUGCCGAGGAGCCAAAUUACUGUGGUUGAUUUGGGAAAAUGUAAACAUUCGAGUCUGACGCGACGAGCAUUGAGCAGUCCUGUGCAUGCAAGGUCACAGGUUCGCCGCGAAGGGAGUAAAACUGCAGUAGUACUAGAUUCGAGAAGCAAUGAAUAUUGACCGGCUACUCUGUUCAUAUUUUGUACUGUCUCU